AUGAAGUGGCAGUUCUUUACGGAAAGGCAAAAUUUUCAGUUUGUGCGACGGUGGCGUGGACAUGGGCCACGGCCCUUGGAGGGCAGCCCGGAAUCUGCAGCUGUCCUGCCCCGGGCUUUGCCUGCUGCUCCCCAGCUGCCCUCCCGAGCAGGACUGGACAACCAGAGAGGUGGACCACGACCACCACUCCCUCCGGACCGACCGGGCUCAGCAGCACCGCCGCCACCACCGCCGCCUUCAUCAGCUGUCAGAAACGGCUUCCAGGAUCCAGGUGAUGAUGAAUGGGAAAGCAGAUUUUCUUUUCAUCCUAUAUCUGAUUUGCCACCUCCAGAGCCAUAUGUACCCAUGAACAGAAGUUAUCCCAGUAAACUAGCAAGAAAUGAAAGUAGAGGUGGCUCCGGCCGAAAAGAAAGAGGUGCCCCCCCACUUCCGCCUAUACCAAGGUGAAAUGGGUUCUGGCCCAUCUUUGGGCGACAUCUGUUUUCAAGUUUCCUUCGAGUCAGCUCUCCUGUCCACAUCAUUGGAAAGUUGUCUGUUUUGCUUUAUUUCCACUUUUGGCUUGUCAGCUGGAACAAACUUCAGUCUCUAUUACAGAAGUAAUAGAUGCAGCUUAUGAACUAGAGUUGCUCAAAGCUAUAAAUUUUAUUUGCUUAUACUGCAGGCUGUCAUGAAAGGCAUUUUGUGGACCAUACACAACAUACGUGCAUCAUGCUUACCCUGUCCAGCCCUGUCCCCUUGAGAGCUCCACGGGAGGUCUAGAUUUGAAUUUAAUGAGAACUGGAACAAAGCUGUUUCAUUCACUUUGGGUACAGUGGCUGUAUUAUUUGAAUGAUAAAGUACUAUCUAUUUUCUGUUUAAAAAACAGUUGCUGGGGAAAACCGUGUAGCCAAGAGUCCCCUGGAUUCUUCUUUGCAUGCCUAAUUUGGCCCGUCUGCUUCUGCAAGCCAUAGACCUACUACAUAGUGACCAAGACUUCAUCCUAAACCUGUUUUCACUUCAGCUUAGCUAAG